AAUUAAACCUGCACAUCUCACAGUACGACAUCAGUAAAUGACUUUGAUACAUGACUUUACGAUGUUAGGUGUAGGAAUGUCUUCAUAAUGCAACGUGUGAGAAUUCACGUCCUGUGUUAAUAGAUUCCAGGCCAAAUGUGUUUUUUUUCCUCCUUUGGAGUCUGUCGAUCUGUUAUGAGAAGAAUUCCCCAUCAAAAGUCGCCCAUAAGGGCGUUUAUGUGUCUCUUGCCAGGGUUAGGUAAGGUCUUACAAAUAGUAGCAGGCGACACACCCACUGUCCCAAAAAAACCCUGACUUUCUUAAGUUGCAAUGUGACGUUGAAAUGAGAAAAAAGUUUAGGAUUCCUAUAGCAGCAUGAAACAUCUGCACUCUCGGACAACCUCCGGGGACCCCUACAGUGAUGUGGAGAUCUUCUCUCUGAGCGAUGACUGCAUUUUAUUUUUCUUGCCCAGUGGGUCCACUUGAUCGCAGGAUUUAUUCUCCAGAGGAAAACAAGGGUGCAUUGCCCCUGCUUAAAUUAUUAUUCUGAGAGUUCAUAUAUGGAUCAGUGAUAUAGAGUUUCAAGAACAAGAACAGAUGUUAUUGGAACCACCUUCAACCUCCCACAAGCUUUCUUCAGCUGUUUAUGUAAGUUAUUCCUGAAGAGGACUUUUACUCCUGAUACUGGACUAAAAACACAUUUUCAACUCAGACUUCAACUUAAAAAACUGUUUGUCACAAGACAUCUGCAGCGACACAGGACGCCGAGUUGUCAUACAGAAGAGAGGUGGGAGGUCUUUAAAAAGGGCCGUCUGUCAGCUCAAACAGUUAGUCUGCUUUUGAACUCACUCUGUGCAGAAGGAGCACGUCAGGCGAUGCACUGAAGAACAGCGCCACAUGACUAAGUGGCAUAUUUACUUAACGGCAAAUUCCUUUCUGUGGAGUGGAACUGAAUAUAUGACAAGGAUCUGCUUGCUUCAAUGUAUGUGACAGAGGAGUCUGGUGUUUUCCAUUGUCAAACACGUACCAGAUGACCAUCCUUGUGUCAACCCUGAUUCAGAGCAAAGUUAAGUUGCAGGUAAAGUGUCUGUGUGUGCUUAUGUUCCUGAGCUUCCCUCUGACUAUGACUGAGGUCCCUGGUCCAUGCAGACACUCCAUCACUAGGGAGCACCUGCUGAUAGUCAGGCAUCUGAUGGAUAACCAGUUAAGAAGCGGGUGCUCUAUCACCUACACGUUCACAGAGCGGAGGAGUUUGAGUAAAUGUUGCUUUGUUAAAGCUGCAUUACCGUGGAUCCUGGAGCUCCUCACCACCCAUUUCAAAUAUAGUCGGGGUUCAGUCAAUGAUGGCUACGUUCAGUCGCUGAGGGCGCUCAUCCUCAACAUCUACUCUCAGAAAUGUGUCCCUCAGAUUAAUGAGGAGGUAGAGGAUAAGCCAGAGAGUUUUGAGAUGCUGUACAGAGGGUCUCCGUCCGAGGCGCUUCAGAAGGCUUCAGAGGUGUUCUCUGCUUACUGGGAGUUGGUGACGACCAGCGAGGCACCAGUGGAUUGGCGCUGCCAGCACGAAUACACAGAAAGCUUUGGCUCCACGACAGAGCUGUUUACAGAGUCACCCACAGAACAUUUAACCGAAAGUUACGGUAGCAACUCAGAGAAGGCCUUACACAGAAGAACAGACAGAGACCUGUACAAGCUUGGAUUUAUCAUCGCCUCCAUCUGCGGAGGACUGCUGUUCAUCCUCACCCUCUACUGUCUCAUCUCACAAAAGAAGACUCACAACCCACACAGAUCAAUAUCAUACACAAACUCAAGCAGAGACCUCCAGGACAUGGAGAUGGAGCUACAAUAGUGCAGUAAAGAGCGCAUCCCUGCUGCAGCAGACGGACUACAUGUGAAGCUGUACAUUUUACCCAUCAAGAAGAAGUUUCCAUAUCAGUAUCGUGUGUGCAACUUAUCAUGCUCACUUAUUUAAUCAGAAGCUUGGCUUUGACUAAGAGCAGAGAUGGACCUUAUUUUCAGAACCAUGCUAUGUAUAUAAUGUUAAUGCGUUAUCUACUGCAGAUAUCUUCCACUAAAAAAAAGUUUUAUUUUUACACUAGUUAUGUAUGUUGGAUAAUGUUUCUCCAUUUGCUACCAUUUAACCAAAUGUUCAUAAUGAUGUUUGCAAAAAACUUCCAAGUUAUUUAUUAGUUUGAUGUUAUUCAAUGACUGUACUGAUAAUAAAAGUUCUAUUAUUACUGAAAUCAUAAACUAUGAUGCAGUCCAGCCAGCAGUGCAUUGAUAUGUGGACAUCAUAAAAUCACAUCUAAAGAGCAGGUAAUGGUCUCAUUAAAAGAUUCAUGCCACUUUACA